AUGGCUGCGUUGGUUCAAACCAUCCCGCAACAGACCGGCACCGUUCCCGUGCUCCAGACACGCCCUUCUUCCUCCUCAGGCACUUUUGCCUCUCCAUCCCAGAACUCAGCCCGGUUCCAGAAUAUGUCGUGGACCACAUUCAAUGCUGGCAAUUCGGGUACCUAUCGAGCAGGUCAACCAGUUGUGGCUCCUUAUGCGUUUACUCCAAACCAGAGUCACACAUCCACUGCUCAGCAACAUCGACAAUCGUGGUCCCCCCAUCUGCGGCCAGAACAUCGUGCUUUCUCUGCCCCCACCAUCCAGGGGCCGCCCCAGAUGGCUCAGUCCGGGUCCAAUCUCCGAGUCUCUAACCUUGCAGCUGGUUCUGUAUCAACUUCUUCUUCAACCUCAUCGCGUUCCCAUGUCUCUCAGGAUGAUAGCGCCAUCCCAUCGCGCCAACCCAGAACGGACCAGCCGCUCCGUCCCCUAUCCACUGCCAAUCUCCCUACUCCCUCUGUCAUGACCAUAUCCUCUCCUGCUGGCUCCGUCAAACCCUCUCCGAACCGCUACCGCCGUUCAAACCAACGCUCCCAAUCUCCGGCUCCUCCAGCACCCCAUCCUGUAUCUACUUCUCCCGCCACCUCUACCACCACCACCUCUCCCACGCCCGCAUCCGAUGAACAGACAACUGAAACGCACACACCUCGCGCUGGUAUUCCCCGGUCGAACGGUCACAAUCGCUAUUCUAGCGUAGAUGAUGCAUCUCACGUAGAUCGAUCUCAACCAGAAGUUGCCAAGCGAUAUCGGAGGAGGAGCAUGGGAGGCAUGGAUCCUGCUUCAUAUCCUAAUCUACAACUUCCGUUGCCUUCCCCGUCUGAGCAACAACCGGCCUCUGGUCCUUAUGACUUCAUCGCUUUCGAUACGAAUCAGCGUCCUCAGUCAUCCCACUCGCACCGAGGAAGCUCAGGGAGCGUUCACUCGACACAUUCUUCGGCUUCUUCGGCACGUGAACAGACCCCCGACGCCAACGCCUCUGGCAAGGCCGAAGAAAAGCGAGCGAGCAAACCGUCCCCUCUAUCGCAACCGGCCUCGACCUCCACAGAAACAGAAACCCCGCCAGCCGAGCCCAAAGCCAAGGCUGAAACAAAGGCAUCGUCGCCACCUGCACCUGACUCCCCUGCAGCCAGGCGCCUGGCCGAGUUGAAGAAUGAUUCCAAGCGCCCCGGAAAGUCACGUCUGAGGCGUGCUUUCUCCUUCGGCAGCGCAUCGGAGCUUCUGAAGGCGACAUCUCAAACCAAGCGCGAAGCAAUUGCAGCAGAGAAGGCGCGUCGUGAAGCUUUGCGAGAGGAGCUGGGCGACGAGCAGGCCGCUAUUGCCGAGCUGCAAGAAGCCAGUGGAUUGGGUGAAAGUAUCUAUAGCCACCAAGGAGGAUUCUUCUCUGGAUCGACAGAUGCUCUCUCUAUUUCCUCCACGGCUUCAUCGGCCUCCAUGAUGCUCCGUAAAAUGGGUAAGGGUAUGAAGAAAUCCACUCGAUCAUUGGUUGGUUUGUUCCGUCCCAAGUCUGUCGCCAGCAUCAAUUCCGUGGAAGGCGCAAACACGGAGCCAAUGGCCCUGCCUCAAAUCUCAGUGGUUAAUGUGGAAGCGGACCGUGAGAGCGUGGCCGUUAAUUCCGAUCCGACGGACAUGCCCCGUGGUGGAACUGUCUUCCCCAAAGUAGAGGGCCCUGGAUCUGAAGUUCGUCGCUCCACAUCCAUUCGUGAGAGAGAACAAAAAAUUGUCUCGGACCCCAAUGGAACGCGUAAAAGCAUUGUUGGAGGUGACCGUGAACGAGCAGAAGUCUUGGCGGCUGUCCGGAAAGGAAUCCUCAAGAAAACCCAUUCCGACUACGGAGUUUCAGCACCAGCAAAUGCACUGAACGGCAGCGACUCCCCACAUUCCAGUGCCCCAGCCACUCCUAACGAGACGCCUCAACCCAGCCCUCGCCCAACUGAACAGGUAACCAUUGCCGGAGAGGACUACUUCCUUUCUGGUGGAGGUCGAUACACAAGCAGCGACGCGAAAAGCGCUCCCAUUACUCCUCAGGCAGGUGGCGGCCGCAACAUCGUUUUCAGUCCGCGUAUUCAAUUCCACGAAACAUGGCCUCCUGGAGAGUACGACCGCCGUGGAGAGAUCGCUACAUGUAAUCGUUUAACUCCUCUUCUUGCUCAGCAAAUCCGAGAGGAGAUCAAUAACUUCAAGAUGGAGAUGGAGGUCCACGAAAACUCCAAGAUCUAUACACACUUUAUUUAA